CGAGGGAGCCUUUCUAUUAUUUAACCCUCACAGGAUAAGAGAGCCCUGGUGGGCGUUCCACCUUAGAGAGGAUAGGGUAUACUCCGUAAUCUUAUAAAAAAAUUCCUCCAAAUUAAACUAAUAAACCCCACAGUCUCCGUCCAUCCUGUAAUCGGAAGAGGGAAAGAUGGUGCAAUACCAGUUGAGGAUCACGGCGGAGCUGGAGAACCUCACCAAUCUUCAGCCGCAAGGCGGUUUCGACAACCCUAACUUCACCUACAUGUUCAAGCUGAAAUGUAGUUGUGGUGAAGUGACUGAGAAGGAAACAUGUGUGAGCUAUAACGAAACUGUUGCACUUCCCACCGGGAGAGGGGAAGCUCACCUUGUUCAGAAGUGCAAGUUCUGCACGAAGACUGGAAACUUGACCAUGGUAACUGGGCAUGGCCACCCACUGACCCAGGAAGCUAGUGAGUCAGGAUCAUUUACACCUGCAAUGGUCUUUGACUGCAGGGGUUUUGAGCCAUUGCAGUUUCACUUUAGGGGUGCAUGGCAAGCUGAAUCUAUUGAAGGAACAAAAUUUGAGGGCUUUGAAUUGACCGAUGGUGAGUACUCUGAUUAUGAUGAGAAGGGGAAGUGUCCCGUCAUGAUUUCGAAUCUUUGUUCCGAAUUCGUCCGUCUCCCCAAGGAAUUGCCAUUAAAACCAAGUGCAAGUUGAUGUGAACAAUGUGUGUGUGAAUUGUGUUUGGAAAGUUUCAAGCAUUUUCCCUAGUUAUUUCUAUAGAGUAUGUACUUAAAAAGAUACAUCAAGUUAGAUCAGAUUUUUUAAAGAUCUGAUCUGAUCGUAGUUAUAUUUAUUGUUGUUUU